AUGGAAUCUAUGAUGCCGAAUUGGUCGCGCGUGCAAAAUCAAACUAGCACCAAUUUUCGGUCUUGCGUUACGCUCGCUGGUUUUUUCCAUUCCCGAUGUUCUCGUAUUUUCUUUCAGCGUCAUCGCCACAGCCAAAUACGAGGCCAGGUAUAAUGCACUUACCGUCCCGAAAAUUCCUCCUGGCUUAUCUCUGCACGGGGAAAAGUUUGCUCAGGUUUGGUUGACUCGUAAAAUCGCAUGGAUAUUUUUUUUCUCCUGUUUCUUUUUUAUCUGGCAGUUUCGCGAGGUUUGUUAUCAACGAACGCUCCAAGAUUUGAACGAUCGUGAAAUACCGGCUUUUUUUUAUAUGUAUAUAAAGCCGAUUAUUUAAACUAUCGGUCGAACUGCCUCGUGCUGUUCAGGCUUAUUGAUUUUUUUUCUUUUUUUGUUUAUUUGUUGAGCGAAUGCACUUCGCUAACAGUUCUUGAAGCGCACGCGAUUUUCUCAGCAAAAGUCAACAGCUUUUCCUGCUUUAAAUGCUUUCGAUGAAAGCCCGCCGAUUUAUUAAGACCGCAACACCGUUAGUCACUCUUACAACGUUACAAAUCACGAACCAACACGCUUCCUUCCAUUCGUCCCAUUUUCCCUGAUGCUUCAUAUUUCAUCGCGUUCGUUGCACAUUGACGACAACGAUACUCGCCAUUCGGUAUAUCGGUAUGUUUCAGUUACUGACAAAGGAUUUGUAUCUUAUCAAGCUUAUUCUUGAUAUAUUUCUUUGAUGGUCAAUCUUUUGCUACAGAAAACGACACGAUCUCGAAAGCAGCAAUUUUCACUUCAACACCUUGGAAACUGGAAAGUUGGAACGAUCUGUGCAGAAACUUUAGUUGUGGCGAAGCGAACGUUUCCAAACGCUUAAUUUCGCUACACAUUCGGAACAAAUCACGGAAAUCACUCACACAGAACUGUAAAGAGUUAAAGACAGAAUUUUAAUAAUAAAAUUUAAUAAGCAGCACACAAAAGAGGCUAGACAAAAGAAAUUCAUCAGAAAAUGAUAGCAAUGAAGCAAUAACAUCUAUGCGGUGUAUUUGUUUAGUUUAACAGGCAUUUAGUUUAAGGCUUCCAGAAACAAUAAUGUUACAACAUUUUACAAAUUACGAGCUUAUAGCAGAUGAAUUCGAAAGAAAUAGAUGAUUUUUAGAAAUGCUAUUGCAAAAUUGAUCGGAAAGGCGGUUCCCCGUAAACUCUCCGCCAUCUUAGUAGCACAAACCACUUCGCUUCAAGGUGAAUUAUCUCGAAAUAUUUUCCGAGCGUCCUCCCCCCUCCCCCUCCCCUCAAAAAAAGAAGAAAUGAAAAAAUGCGAAGAGUACACGAACGGAUGGAAGAUUGAAAUUCUUCGUUGGCUAUAAGAGCGAGUUAUUGGCAAGAUGAAUACGGGUAGUGGUUCAAACGAAGCGUACGAGAUAUUGGGUUCUUCGUCAACUUUUCCAUACGAGGGAAACUGA